AUGGGGGAUCAUCAUCUGCAACUGCGCAGGCCGGCGUCGAUCGAGAAGAUCGCGGUGCCGGAGAAGAAGGCCUUGUUCCUCCACGCCGCCGGCGCGUCGCCGGGGGGCAAGCAGCUGGGCGCCGCCUCGCACGAGGCGGCAGCCGUGAGCAUCACGCCGCGGACGGCCACGAAUAAGCAGCCGGCGAGCCCCCGGGCGUGCCUCUGCUCGCCGACCCUGCACGCGGGCUCGUUCCGGUGCAGGCUCCACCGCGGCAUCGGCGGCGGCGGCGGCGGCUCCGUCGGCUCCGGCCUCCACGAGAUGAGCAAGAAGCCCGGCGGCGUAUGA